GCUUUUCGUUCUGUCGACAUUGCCGAUUGCUCACCUUCAGCCGCCACCGGGAAAGCAAAUGAACAAUCGCCUCUCCCAGUUCUUCUCGUCGUCGGGUCCGGUGCUUUGUCGGUGCUUGCUGCGUCGGUUCAAAUCCUCGAACGCCCGAGCAGCCGACAAGUCCUCGCCUCGCCGGAAGAAGAAGACGGCCGCCCGACCGAAACAGAGCUCUUCUAAUCCGUUGUACCAAGCGAUCAGCGAUAUCGUUGGGCCUGUGGUUUCCCCCAAAGCUGACGCUCCUACUGAGUAUUUGAAAAUUGCUGAUGCCGGUUUUGCUCAACGGGGAAGCUCUUUUAGUCGUCGACCAGGUGUUUGUCAAAUUGCCGGCGAGAGUACGAGUUAUACGAAUGGUGGAGGGACUGCGCCCGGGGAGUGUUUACAAGAAGAAAAGCAAUAUCGGUAUCCUUGCCUGGAAGACACGGGCACAAUUGUUCAACAGAUCAUGGGCAUUGUGCGAUCGGAGACAUCUUGGGUUCGUAUGGAAAAGCGUUUGGAGGAGUUGAGUGUGUCCUGGAGUUCAGAUGUGGUAGAAAAGGUGUUGAAGGAGUGCUUGAAACUUGGGGAUUUUGCUCUUCAGUUCUUUAACUGGGUCAAGCUUCAGCCGGGCUUUUGCCAUAACACAGAGACAUACAAUGAGAUGAUCUACAUUGCUUUAGAAGCUAAGGAUUUCAAUUUGGUGAAGAAGUUGGUGGAUGAAAUGGAUGAGGAGUUGUGUCCUAAGAACCUCAAGACUUGGACUGCCUUGAUAUCCCAUUAUGGUAAAGCAAAGCAGAUUGGCAAAGCUUUGCGUGCAUUUGAGGCGAUGAAGAAAUCUGGCUGCGAAGGCGAUCUCAAAAUCUAUGAAGCAAUUCUUUUCACUUUAUGUAACUCAAAUCAAGCAGAUCUGGCAUUAGAGUUUUACAAAGAAAUGACGUCCAAGAACAUGGUGGUCAAGAAGAAGUUCUAUGAAAUGCUUAUGGACUGUUUAGCGAGUUCAGGCGAUGUGGCCUCAGUUAGAUUGGUUGGAGUUGAUAUGAUGAAGACGUUACAGGUCCCAGAAAGUGAGGUUUAUAUGUGCAUCCUGAGGAGCUUUUGUGAUUCUGGAAAAAUCGAAGAAGCCAAACAGCUGUUUGAGGAUAUCAAGAACAAAAGCUUGGUUGUUGAUUCUGAUGUCUGUGAAACCUUAGUGAAGGGUUUGUGCAGGGUAGGAAUGAUGGAUCAGACUAUGGACGACGUUAAGGGCGUUGAACCAAAUUCACCUGCAAAUGGUAGGUUGUAUGACUGUUUGAUUGAUUGUUUCCUAAAAAAAGGUGAUAUUACAAAGCCAUUGGAGUUGUUGGGAGAUAUGAGAAAAUUUGAUUGCCAGUCAAUGCUUUCAACUUAUACUGAGAUGAUUCAAGAGCUCUUUAGAUCAGGUGAUUAUCAAACAGCAUGCACACUUUAUGAAGAAAUGUUGAGAAACGGUAUCGAGCCAGAUAGUGCGACGAUUACAGAUAUGGUUGCUGGUCAUGUUCAGCACUAUCAAAUUUCUAAAGCCUGGGAAGUUUUUGAGACCAUGAAGAUGAAUGGAAGAAAACCUACUAGUGAAGCUUAUUCUGUCUUUGUCAGUGAACUUUGUCAAGUUUGCAAGCCCCUAGAAGCUGUUAAGCUUUUGGAAGAAAUGUCGAGUUCCAGGGUAAAUGCUAGUGAUGCUUUAUUUAAUUUGGUCAUUGCUUCUCUAAACAAAAUUGGUGAGUUGGAGAAAGCUAGGAAAGUGAAACAGAUAUGUAGAUUGUACAAACUUGAUUACCAAGAACAUGAACUGUCUCUCCAAUCAUCAGAUCAUCAAUGCGUUGAUCAUGGACAUGAAAUUUCAAACUACUCACCUGAGUCUGUUGCAUCUUCUGAGGCAACAAUUGUCGAUGAUGCUGAUCUUAAGGAAGUACGCAGAAUUAUUUGCUCUUCCACUGACUGGAGCACUAUUCAAGAAGAUCUAGAGAGAUGCACUAUUAAUUUUACACCACAACUAGUUGGGGCCAUUCUUUGUAGUUGUCAACGAUACAGCCGUGCAGCUCUGCAAUUCUUUUCAUGGAUUGGCGGAAAGCCCGGUUAUGUCCACACUGCAGAAACCUACAACACAGCAAUCAAAGUGAUGGGAAGUGCGAAAGAUUUUAAGCAAAUGCGAUAUCUUUUCAGAGAAAUGAACAGAAGAAAUUUGGAAAUAACAUCUAAUACAUGGACAAUUAUGUUAUGUCAGUAUGGCCAAGCAGGUCUAACUAAAAUGGCAUUAGAUGUUUUCCAAGAGAUGAAAAACAGUGGUUAUCAGCCAAAUGGAAGUACUUAUAAGUGUCUUAUCGUGUAUCUCUGUGCCAAGAAAGGUCGAAAGAUCAAUGAAGCAGUCAAAUUAUUCCGAGAAAUGAUCAAAGUAGGAUACAUGCCAGACAAAGAGAUGCUUGAUAUUUAUCUUUCUUCUUUGUGCGAGUCCAAACAGUUAGUGAAUGCAAAGAAGUCUAUGAAAUCUCUGAUUAGUAGAGGGUUCAAUGAACAAGCUGGUUAUAACUCGUUAGUUAAAUCUCUGUGCCGAGCUGGCAGAGUAGAUGAGGCACUUAAGGCAGCACAUGAAAUGGAGCUUCAUGGAUGCACCAGAGAUCAGUAUACAUAUGGAAGUAUUGUUCAUGCACUUCUUAGAGCGGGUCGUUUUGAAGAUGCCUUGGAUAAGAUUGAGGCAAUGAAGGAAGCAGGAAUUCCACAAUCAGCCCACAUAUACACAUCCUUAAUCAUACAUUUCUGCAGCGAGGAAAAUAUAGCUAGGGCAGUCGAGAUAUUUACCAAGAUGAAAGAUGAUGGCUGUGAGCCAACCGUCGUUACAUUUUCUGCUCUUAUUAGAGGAUUUAUGAACAUGGGAAUGGUUUCAGAUGCAAGGAAUAUUUUCCGUAGAAUGCAGCUGAAAGGUCCAUUUCCUGAUUUUGAGACAUACUCAAUGUUCAUGAGCUGUCUCUGCAAAUCCGGAAAGUCAGAAGAGGCUCUUCAACUUCUUCACGAAAUGUUGGAUAACGGUAUCAUUCCAAGCUCAAUCAAUUUUCAAAGAGUUUUCCAUGGCCUGAACAGAGAAGGGAAACAAGAUUUAGCUCGUGUUGUCCUUCAAACAAAAUGGCGUCUGAAACGGGAAAGGAUGUACUCACUAGUACUUCAGCAAAAUCCAGAAACUAAAGUGUCGCGUUUGUGCACAAGUAGUGAAAUCUUACAUUUCUCAUGUGGGAUGGAUGGUGGACGUAUGAUAGUAUGUCUGGAUUAAUUGAGGUCGAUCCUUAAAAUGUCACUGUAUAUGAUAAUUCUCAGUAUAUGUCUUCCACUUGUGUGUAAAUAAUUUAACUUUCUUCUUAUUUAUGA